AUGAGCUUCAAAGAUAAGGUUUCUGGGGAUUUUGGCAUGGCUGAGGAUCAAUUGGUGAUUGGUGAUGAUGAUUUUCUCAUCAAGCAAAGGGAGAUUCCUUCAAUCCAAUUUUCUAAAAAAGUUAAGAGCUAUCUGUAUCGGCCAUGGCACACUGCUGUAAUUCUUAAGCUCAUGGGUCGGCCUAUGUCUUAUGUUUUCUUGAGGACUCGUCUUCUUCAGAAGUGGGAUCUUAAGGGUCCGAUGAGCCUAAUCGAUUUGGAGAAUAAUUAUUUCAUUGCUAAGUUUCUGUUAGUGGAAGAUAUGCGGUAUGUUCUCUCGGGUGGUACUUGGAAAAUUGUUGGGUAG